UGAAGACCGGUACCGGCUCGCGGGACCAGUGUGACAAUUUGGCUCUUUUCGCUGGCGAGACCCGAGAUUCAAUGGAUGUCAAGAAGGAAAAUCAAGAGAAACCUCCUCACUCAGGUACUUCUGUGCAAAAUGAUGAUUUCCACUGGGAAAAUUACUUGAAAGAGACUGGAUCUUUGAGUGCCCCUUCGGAAUGUUUCAGACAGUCCAAGGUUCCACCAGCUAAUGACUUCAAAGUUGGUAUGAAAUUGGAAGCCCAUGACCCUCGCAAUAUGACUUCAAUAUGUAUAGCCACGGUCGUUGGAAUUACUGGUGCCAGGCUACGUUUAAGAUUGGACGGUAGUGACAACAGAAAUGAUUUUUGGAGACUUGUCGAUUCUCCAGACAUACAGCCUAUUGGGACAUGUGAAAAGGAAGGGGACUUACUUCAGCCUCCACUGGGGUAUCAGAUGAAUGCAUCAUCUUGGCCAAUGUUCCUCUUACGAACACUGAAUGGAUCUGAAAUGGCACCUGCAACAAUCUUUAAGAAGGAACCACCAAAGCCACCUCUAAAUAAUUUUAAAGUGGGAAUGAAACUGGAAGCUAUAGACAAAAAGAAUCCUUAUCUGAUCUGCCCUGCAACUAUUGGAGAUGUUAGAGGAGACGAAGUUUAUAUCACAUUUGAUGGCUGGAGUGGAGCUUUUGAUUAUUGGUGCAAGUACGAUUGUCGAGAUAUUUUCCCAGUUGGGUGGUGUCGCCUGACAGGAGAUGUAUUACAACCACCAGGAACUCAUGUGCCCGUUACAAAGAAUAUAGCAAAAACACAGUCUUCUCUUUCCAAAGCAACCCAGCAUUCAAUGCAGUCUCCACAGAAAACUGCUGUCAUACUACCAACACAGCAGAUCAGGAAAUCAGGUCGCAUUAAACCACCUGGGCAGACUUCAGUCCCUAAGAAGGGAAGUGCUGUUAAAAAUAUCACACCAAGGAAAAAAGGCCCAAAAAAGGAAAAAUAUUUUCCUGUUUUGUGUUCUACGUCUUCAGCUUCUAUAAAAUCCCUGGCAAGAGACCGUCGUGUUUCAUAUGAUAAGGAUGCCACUCCUGGUACAUCUAAAAUAGUGAUGUCAACAGUCUGUGUCUAUGUAAACAAACAUGGAAACUCUGGUCCUCACCUGGAUCAGAAGAAAAUCCAGCAGCUUCCUGACCACUUUGGCCCGGGCCCCGUGAAUGUGGUGCUCCGGCGGACCGUGCAGGCUUGUGUCGAUUGUGCCAUUGAAAGUAAGACUGUUUUUGGAUUUCUUAAGCCAGAUCAUCGUGGAGGAGAAGUGAUAACUGCUUCCUUUGAUGGGGAAACCCACUCGAUCCAGCUCCCUCCGGUGAAUAGUGCAUCAUUUGCUCUGCGUUUUCUUGAGACUUUAUGCCACAGCUUACAGUGUGAUAACCUUUUGAGCAGCCAGCCUUUUAGCUCUUACAGAGGUAAUACUUCUAGUCCUGCAGAGCAUGAUAAAAAAUCAGUUAAAGAAGACAUGACACAAAAAAGCCCCAAACGGCCUUCUCAGGAACCUCCACCUUAUGUUGUUCCUGUGUCACCUAAACUCCCCAAAACAAAGGUGUAUGCCUCUAAAGAAGAACAACUGUCUUGUGAGGGAAGUGGCAUGCCCAAAGAGGAAAAGCUUCCUGAAGAUUCUGAAAACUCACCACCAAAUCCAGCAAAUUCUUUAAGCCCUACCAGCAGAAAUCCUGUAAGCACUCACGCUGCAGUCUCCCGGAGUUUUUCUCCGAGUGCUCCAAGCACCUCAAGUUCAGCACUAGUGGGGACCAAAUCUACCAAGAGCAGUCACCAUGAAGUUAAAUUCCAAAUGCAGAGGAAAAGUGAAGCUCCAAGUUAUAUAGCUGUACCUGACCCCAGUGUCCUGAAACAAGGCUUCUCUAAGGACCCUUCAACCUGGUCUGUGGAUGAAGUGAUACAGUUUAUGAAACAUAAAGAUCCUCAGAUAUCAGGCCCCCUCGCCGACCUCUUCAGGCAACAUGAAAUUGAUGGGAAGGCUCUGCUACUACUCAAAAGUGAUGUGAUGAUGAAGUACAUGGGGCUGAAGCUGGGGCCAGCAUUAAAGUUGUGUUACUACAUUGAAAAACUUAAAGAAGGAAAAUACAAUUGAAAAAAAUGUGUAAGUUUAGAUUGGACAGAAUUCUUUAUUGUCCUGGUAACUUUUAAUUUAAAAAAUAUUUUAACUCUCUUAGAAGCUUUCGUUUGGUAGACAGUUCCUCUCAAAUCUGUGAUACCCAGAAUUGCAGAACAACAUUAAAAACCAUUUACAUGUUAGUAUUAGCAUAUUCAAAUUGGGAGAUCUUUAUGUCUUUCCAUCAUUUUAUUAUACACUUUACAAAUGUAUUUUCAUGCUGGAAACAGAGAAACACCUUUGAUUUCAGUUAAUGUUUAUAUAUAGAACCAAAACAGCUAAAUCCCAAAGGGAGAAGUAUCAGGGACUGACAAGUUCUCUAAUGAAAUCUGUGAGAAGUUUUCCUUAGAAGAAAAUUUAAAGAUGCAACUGUAGAUACGAUCUCUUUCUCCAAAUAUUUUGUGUCUGUUACUGCAAGUUCUGUUUCUGUUCUGCCAGUUUCUAGAAAGGGAAAGCCAUAUAAAUUAUUAUCCUUUUGUUAUUAUUUCUCUGUAUGUUAUAUUUGUUCAUAUUUAAAGAAAAAAAGCAAGCUUAUAAACUUUCAUAAAGUGUUCUUAAUCAGUUUUUAAUAACUUUUGAACAAUUGUACGAUAAAUAGAAUGGUUGUUUAUGCAGGAGAUAUUAUACUACAAGGAUGGUUUGGAUAGAGUCCGAUUAAAUUUUUUCAAUAAUAUACCUAUUAUUUUAAAACAUUACAUAUUUUCGCUAAGUGUAAACAUUUAUCUGGGCAGUCAUUUCUCACAUCUCUAUAUGAAGACACCUGUGCCCAAAUUUUUUAAAGAUAAAUAUUUUAUUGUCUGUGCUUAUUCCUCAUAUGGAUACUAUACCCUAUUUAUAUAUUAUUCUAUACCUGUAGGUAUAUAAACAAGUAAAUCUGUUCUUUUUGAAUUUAAUAUGGCACUUUGUACUGCCACAGAGGUAAUGGUGAACUAUUUAUAUAGUUAGAGGUCUUUAUUCUGUAAAAAAAUAUGUGCAUCAUUUGCUAUUACUAUUACCUCUCAGCUUUGUCUUCAGGGGAUAAGAAACAAUCCGUAGGUUGGUUUCCAUACAGGGAAGCUCUCUGUCCUAUGCAAUGUUUCUACUUACUUUGCUUAGCUCUGAGCCAUUUAUUCUGCUAAAUUUUGGAAGAUGCAUUAAAUCUGACUUAACAUUUGGGGCUUUAUUUUUAAAGUUAGAACUUUCAAGGGGAAAUGGUGCUAUAUGUUUAUAGUAAUUGCUUUGUCUAAGAUUGGUAAUGUUGAUAAGCUAUGAGAAUCUGUGCUAAAAGUCUUAGCCAUUUGUUGUAAAUGCCAAUAAAAUAUACACCAGGGGCAUGAAUGUACAUUUUCUUUUUCAGAAAACCAAAUGUACUUUAUAUAAGAAUGCAACUAUUUAAAGGAUGGUUUUAUCUAUGUUAUUCCUUUUGUGUUAGGAGACAAAAUCGUAAUUUAAACCUAAUCUUUUUUCAAAUUGUUUGUGUAAAGAUGCUGUGCCCAGUUGAACAGUCCUCAGGUGUUUGUAUGAAUACUAUGUUUUACAGUUUUCAGAUUUUAAAAUAUAAUAAAGUUUUAAAACCGUAAUAAUGUCAACGCCUCAGAUUUG